AUCAACCUCAGGGACGAGGCCUUUGCAGGCAACACGGCUGCUGUGGGCACUGAGUCUGCAGCUGUGCUGGUGCGAGGAGCCCUCACUUCUUGCAGCUGACACGUGCCUCUGAGAGCCAUGAGUUGGCUCUGCCUCCUCGUCCUGCUGGCCACGUGCGGGCUUGCGCACAGCUCAUGGGAAAAUUGCGGAUCGAUCUGUGGGCUCCGACCAGCGGUGUAUGACUAUGAGCACUUGGUUGAUUAUUUUGAAGAAACACGUGUUGUGGGUGGCACAGGUGCCCAGGAAGGGGCCUGGCCCUGGCUCGUCAGCAUCAAGCAUCCCAGGAUACCAGGCACAAGGCAUCUGUGCGGAGGGUCCCUCAUCAGCGCAGAGUGGGUCCUCACGGCAGCUCACUGCUUUGACGAUGUCAGAAAUAUAAGCGUGUUGUACUUGGUGAUUGGGGCCACCCAGCUGACUAAGCCAGGCCGAUGGGCAGUAUUGCGCCGGAUUAAGCAGCUGCGGGUUCACGAAUCUUAUAAUAGAGAUGACAUGAGCAAUGACAUCGCUUUGCUGGAACUGAACAAGCCUGUCCAGUGCAACCGCUACAUUCAGAUGGGCUGUGUGCCUGACCCCACGCAGCCAGUGUCAGAGCUGGAAAACUGCUAUGUCGCUGGCUGGGGUGCCACUGCUGCAAGGGCUCAAAAAUCAAGUGAUCUCCUGCAGGAAGCCAAGGUCCACCUCAUCGAUCUCAAGCUCUGCAACAGCAGCCAGUGGUAUGCGGGGAAAAUCCACAUCCACAAUGUGUGUGCUGGUUACCCAGAGGGCAAGAUUGACACCUGCCAGGGGGACAGCGGUGGUCCUCUCAUGUGCCAAGACAGCAUCGCUGACUAUUUCUGGAUAGUUGGAGUGACCAGCUGGGGAAGAGGCUGCGCGAGAGUAAGGCGGCCUGGAGUCUACACCUCCACUCAGUAUUUCUACGACUGGAUCCUGGUCCAGUUGGGCCUGAACCCAUAUGGUGGUGCUUCUUGAGCAGCAGGACAGAUAGGAUCCAGUGCAGGCUGCAGCGCACCACAACCCUUUCCUGCUGGGACAAUGCCUGCUGAUCCCAAGGCAGCCUCCGCGUCAAAAGCCUGCUCUGUCCUGCCCACACCCUUCUUCUGCCUGCAGGCAAACAGAGAAGUUGACUUAGUUGUUGAAAUAAAGUUACCUGUGUUCACAGUUAA